AUGCCUCAAUAUUUUACUGGCGACGAACUUGGGACCGUCAAAUCCAUCAGAUAUUCUCCACCAGAUAGAGUUGGAGAGUGGAAAUCCGAGGUGACUCACCUACUCGAAGGGGGUGCUGGUGGCAAAGCGAGGGCUGUGCAAAAACUCACCGUGUCGAGAGUUGAUUCGGAGACUCUGUUAACCGCCGCUCGUGCAGACGGAUCUAUAUUUGCAUGUAGAACGUCUGGAGCGGCGCCGGAAUUGCUGCAUGAAUGGAAGGAAACACGUCUAAAGAGUGGACAGAAAUUUAUCGGCCUUGCUCUGUCAAACAGACGAGUGUACUCAUGCACUUCGAACGGCGCCCUGCGAUUAACCCAGUUCGGACAAGGUGAAGCCCCUCCAACGUCCGAGAUUACCUCUCUUCCAAUGCGACUCUCCGAUUGGCGUAUUGCACCGGAUAAGGAGACAUUUGCUUACGGUGGCGAGGAGGUCGAAUUGUCUGUUUGGAGAACGGAAGAUGCGUUCGGGGCCCGCGCAGUGCCGUCAGGCGUUGAGUCAAAAAAGAGGAAACGUGGUGAUAUGUUGUUACCGGGGGAAGUAUGGCGAGCGAAGAACGUUGCAAACGACAACCUAGAUCUCCGGCAACCUGUUCACAUAACUACUUUGACGUAUCUGUCAUCUUCGUCUUCGUCUUCCUAUCAUCUAAUUACAGGUACACAAUCUGGGAGCGUGCGUCGAUACGACACACGUGCCGCUAGACGUCCUGUGGCAGACUGGAAGCACAUUGCCAAGGCUGGAGGCAUAAGCCAGGUCGAGGCUGGGUUCUCGGAGCACGAGCUCUUCGUAGCUGACCAGCGCUGCGACCUUUCUGCACUAGAUUUACGAAACGGCAAGACCAUAUACAGUUACAAAGCUCUCGCUGGUGCCGUAACAUCCCUUGCCCCCUCUCCUGGUUUGCUUGCUUCUGUAUCGCAAGACCGUUUUCUUCGACUGCACAGCACAUACACGCCACCGGAGGAAGUAGGCCAGCAGCAGUCGAAGAAAGGAGAGGUGCUCGACAAGGUCUACAUGAAAGUCACGCCUACCUUCGUCGCCUGGGACCAAAACGCGGACUUGGAGCCCGCGUCAAGAUCUCAAGACGACGAUGAGGACCAGCAUGGCGUGGGAGACGAUGUGUGGGCGAAUAUGGAGGAUGUUGAGAGCGACAAUGAAUCGGGUGGCCAUGGGACGGCUCAACAUGCUGGCAAGAAAAGUCGGCCCACAAAAUAG